UUGGUCCCUUACCCUUCCUGGAGCCGACUGCGCGUGAGGACCGUGUCCCUUGCGAGGCUCAAACCUGGAGCCACCUGUUAAACCAGGAUCCUGCGCGAAUCUUUCCGCAGGUUUUCCGUGCCCCGGCCGGUUCCCCGCAGAAGACCUCCUCCCCUGCUUCAGAAUGGGCCCCUGGCUCCUACCCUGUUUCCUGUGAGCUAAGCUAGUGACAGCUCUUUGUGGGGAUGCCUGGGAACCAGCAGAAACCAGAGUCUUUGGACAUGGACUCUGAUAUGUCACCCAGCGGUGGGCUCAGCGACUUGAGCAGAGGCGGCAGCCUAGAGAGCCGGAGCAGCAGUUCUCGGUCCAGAAGUUUCACGAUGGAUGACGAGAGUCUGAAGCACCUCACACAUGAGGAAAAGGACGUCAUCCUGUUCUUUGAAGAGACUCUCGACUCGCUGGAAUAUGACUUUGACGAGCCCACCCUGUGUGACAGUGGCAUUCACUGCCACUCUCCACAGUCUCUGGAGGAGAGCCCUUCCAGUCACUCUGAGCCUGAAGAUGUCAUCGACUUAGUACAGCCAGCACCUGCGUCUGGGGAAGCUGAGAGCCUUCCAGAUGUGCCACCAGUAGCAGGGUCCCCAUCUGUUGCAAAACAGAGCACUCCAUUUCUUGAAGGUGGGAAACAAGCCACUGAAAAUUCCCUGCCACCACCAGACUCCAGGGGUCCUGAGGUGCUUCCUCUGCCUUCCUCCCUGCCUAUCUCCGCUCCUUCUGCCCCGCAAAAGGAGCUGAUGUCCCCGUCUCCUCCAGCAGAGCAUCCCAAACUGCCCCGUUCCGUGCCCACUCCUCUGGUGAUUGCUCAGAAAAUUUCUGAGAAGUUGGGGGGAAAUGAAGCCCUGUCCCCCACGUCCCCCUCAAAAGAAAGCAGGCCUGGCGAAUGGAGGACACCGACUUCUUUAGCCUCUCGAAACGGGGACCAUGUCGGCAUGUGGCACCGACACACAGCCCAGCCAGCACCCAAGGUCCAUCGCUUCCCCAGCAACAUAAGCGUGACCAACAGCGCGGGCAAGGACUUCAACAAGACCAUCUCCAAGGCGGCUGUCAAUGUGCAGGAGCGUAAGGCCCAGGUCCUGGCCAACAUCAACGGCAUGUCCUUCAUCACUGCGGGUGACACGUCAUCGGAAGAGAGGUGGCAGAAGGCGGAGGAGCAGAGGAGUGGCCCUGCGGAUGGAGCGCGCACCCUGGGCAGAGUGGGCAUGGCCGGUGAGCCCGGAGCGCUGCGUGCUGGAGUCCCGGUCAGAGCGCAGCAGUCCCGGGCUGUGCAGACGGAGCAGCCGCCGGCGCUGGCCAAUGGCUUCCAGAGCGUGCACGAGGCCCUACGCAGCGAGACCAGUUCCUUCAUCCCCACCAGCAAGACCAUCACCAUCCGGCCAGACCCCUCCGUGGCGGGCAAGCUGGCGCGCCAGAAUGCCAGCCGCAGCCUGUACGAACCGCGCCCGGACGGCAGCCAAGAUGCCCGCAGGCGCACAGGCUCGCUCCCCCGGGCGGUGGGCUUCCGGCCGCAGGGCAUCACCGUGCAGUUCUCCGGCCGUGGCUCCACCGAGGAAGCUCGGCGCGAGGCUCUGCGCAAACUCGGGCUACUGAAGGAGAACUUGUGAGGGCCGUGGAUAGGACUGCUGGAGUGGCCCGGGUAGAACUUGUAUGUCCGCACUGGUGUGUCCCAUUCUGUAAGCACAGAAGCUGGGUGGCACUAAGUGCUGCAUGUCGGGAAAGCAGCUUCUGCCCCAAUCCCCAUGCCCAGUACAGCAUGGAGUCAAGAGGCCAGCAGGGCAAGGACCCCACUCCCAGCUGUCCCUUUCCUUUUCCGGGUCCCGGAAUAACUUAAGGACCUAUGGGCUUCCAUGACUUACAUUUGGAAGGAUCAACUUGGCUUGACUUGGUCCAGACUCUGAUCUAGCUUUUUAUCCCACCGGACUUGAAAGCCAGUGUGUAGCUCUCCGACGCUCAGGAUUCCCUCUCUUCUUCGAAAAUAAAAAAAGAAAGAAAGAAGUGCUUGUUAAAUUUUUAGUGUCAUUAUACAUUUGAGAUCUAGUUGUGUGUUUGUAUUUGGAAGGGUGGAAGUUGGCACUUUACCUAUCAGGGAGGGUUUGUUUCUUGACCUAAUUUCGUUUGCCCUGUUUUCUUAACCAAAAACCCAAAUGAACCCGUUAGGGUAAGAUUUGCAGUAAUUUUGAAUCGUGAGAGUGGAAAAUGAGGUUGAGUUUGGAAAAGGUGGUAGUUUUGAGAAAGCAAGUCUCACUUGACGCUCUAAAAUCCGCCUCCUGGGAUGUGUGUAUGAGUCUGACGUGAUACAUGUACCUAUGCUAAUGGACACGAGUAUUGUGAGUCAGUGUAAGCACAUUCGUUAUUAAGUAUCUACUUCUAAAGACACCAUUAUCUAACUACAGGAUAUGAGCGCCUCCUUUUCUCCAACAGACACCUCGGCAUUGUGAUGAGACACUAAGAAUUCUUCCUAUUUUGGAAGUUGGCUAAGGAUGCAGGAGCCCCGAGUACUUUUUCUAUAACAGUAUGCUCUGUUCCCAAUUAAAGCAAUAUUUCCUGAUUUCAAAUAAGCAAGAUAGUUCCUGUUUUUACUUACCAUGUUUUAGAGAUUUAAAGGAAAAUUGAAAUCUUUGUCACCUCACUAGCUCUGUGUUACAAGGUAGCUAGAAAGCGAAAGAAAAUGAUCUGAUUGGUUUUGUCCUAUAAGCAGGGUCCUGGGUUGAUUUGAAGGAGACCACUGAACUCGGUUAUGCAGCAGAAAGUUUUCUUUUCUCCCAGAUUUUGUCUUACAGAAUUGUGCCCACAGUGUUAUUAUCAAAACCGUUUAAGGCUGGAGUCUCAAACUCUAAAAAUAGAAAAUAGCCCUCCUAGGGGAGGGCUGGACCGAGAGCCACACCCUUCUGCCUGUGGGUCCUUUGCAGCGCUCUACAGAGCACCGCUUUUCCAGUUGAGUAUUAGUGAGACUCCGACUUCUAAAUGAGCCAUUGAAAGUCACAUUCUUGGUACUCCGUUUAGCUCAUAAGUUACAUAAAAUGAAUGAUUAGCUUUUUAUUUCUUUGGAACCAAGCUCUAGCAACUGGCUCGGCUCUUGUUCUCCCGAAGUCAUCUCGAACAUUUAAAAAAAAAAUCUUAAUUUAAAGAGGGGCUUUAAACUUUUAAUAGUACUUUUAACCUUGUUCUUACUUACGAUGGGAUUUUCUCAGAGGAGCCAGGAGGUUCCUUUUGACAAAGUGAGAUGCCAUACACAGUGUUUAAUAACUGAAGGUCUCGAUACAGCUGUUAUGGAUCCUUUAUAGACAGUUAAUUAUUUUUAUCUUUUUCUAUGAGCUUAUUGUGAGUAGAAUGAGUUUGGCUGUAUAUUAAUAUGUAUAAUUACACUUUGAAAAACGAAAUUUUACCUUACCUGUAAGCUACUGUGUUACAUUGUGCACGAUAUUAUUUCCUCUUAAAGGGUCAUAUCUUUUUUCUACUAUUUAUUUGUAUUUUCUCUCUAUUUAAUCUAAAAUUAUAUUGCCUGUUACUUUAGUUGUUACUGAUGUCCAAGGCCCUAAUUAAAGUCCCAUUUUUGUGAUUGAUGA